CCACCUCUCUCUCCCAACCCAAAAUAAAAUACCUCUCAUUCUUUCUUUCAAUCUAUCAUCUGAAAUCCAAAGUUUAUCCAAUUCCGAUUCCAAUUCUUGUAAUGGCGGCUUCGUUGAAAUUCCCGGUGCUUCUCUUCCUCUCUUCCCUCUUCCUUCAUGCAUCUCUAGCGUCGGAGAUUGUGUGCGAGGAUCUGGGGAAGGAGGUGUGCGCAUUCGCGAUAUCGACGUCGGGGAAGAGAUGCCUGCUGGAGACGUACGCCGCCGCCGGAGGGGAGGUGGAGAUGCAGUGCCGGACGUCGGAGAUUAUGGUGGAGAGGAUGCCCGGCCACAUCGAGACCGACGACUGCGUCAAUGCAUGUGGCGUCGACCGGACCUCCGCCGGCAUCUCCUCCGACUCCCUCUUGGAGCCCAAUUUCACGGCCAAGCUCUGCUCGCCGGAUUGUUAUUCCAACUGCCCCAACAUCGUCGAUCUCUACUUCAACUUGGCCGCCGGCGAAGGUGCGUUUUUGCCAGAGAUAUGCAAGGAAUCGAGGAACAACCCACACCGUUCGAUGAUCCAACUGAUGAGUUCAGGUUCUGUGGCUGUUGCUCCUUCCACCGCCGAGGAUCUCACCGCUGCCGCCGCCGAGGCACCCAGCCCUAUGUAAUGCAAUUCUCCCGUACGUUUUGGCGGUGCCCAUUAAGUUGCUCAUUUCAGAUUUACUUUUCCGCAGCGCCGAUCGACUACUGUAAAUUAAUUUUGUGACGACGAAUUUUAUUACUUUAGUUGAGUUAUUAUUACUAAUUAAUUAUACGUGUAAGAGAGCAAUUGAGAGAUGAGCAGCAGAAAAUUCAUGUGCGUACGUACAUGCCUACCUGUGUUUUGCGGAGACUGGGGAGUUGUACAAGUACUAUGGUUGUUAUACACUAGCUACUGUUUGUUUUUACUACAUGAAUCUGUUUCUAAUUCUGAUUUCCCACCAAGUUCUACAAAAAUUAACACAAGCUACAUUUUAAAUGGGUUUGACGCAUACACACAAGGGUAUCCUAUCGUAAUUAAUAUUAAUAUAUAUAUCAAUAUAUAUAAAGCUGAAGUAAGUUUACUAUGGCAUAAAAAGUUACUUUAUUU